AUGUCACUAUACGUUAAUGAACAAGAGGUUAUGAGCCCAGCCUCACAGCAGGUCAAGAUCGCUGAAGGUCUUAUUAUUACGGUAUUGACCCAGGACAAUUACACUGUCUGGGCAAACCAAAUGGAGGCCGCCUUCGAAACUCUGGAUCUAUGGGAAUCUCACAUCAUAGGUGAACUUCCAGAAAAGAUCGAGCGCGACUACAAAUUAAAGGAAUUCAAGGCAAGAGGAAUCUUGCAGGCAACAGUGAGCAGUAAAUUCAAGUUUAUGCUCUGUGACAGUAAUGGAAUACAACUUGACGCCAGGAAAAUCUGGGUCGGACUCAAGAACCAUUAUGUUGACUACUGUGAAAGAUCGCUGACGCGAUCAGAGGAAGCCAUGGCAAAUCUGCAGUACGAUCCCAGGAAGGGAGUCGAGGAACUGUACAACACUAUGACGAGUCUACGUCAUAAGAUUGCAGCGGCAAAUAUAUUUUGGGGUGAGAAAGUGUUUGCAUCAAGGGUGAUGGCAAAACUUGUUUCCAAGAGCAGAGAAUGGCGCUAUUUCGAAGGACAUACAGUGCGAUGGACCGACGAAAUGUUAAGCCCCAACAAAUUCCUGUCGGAACUCAUCGAGGAGGAAAUUAAACUCAUCAACAUGGGUGCACUACCGAGGCACGGUGUAGAUGACACCAUAUACGAGGCGAACUAUGCGUCUAGAAAUCAUAGGAACCUACGGAAAGGUUCAACAUCACAUGGGCCAAAUGCACACGGCGCAUAG